AACUAAUUGAAUUGAGCUGAAUUUAAAGCUGCAGGCGAGGAAUUAGAAUACUAAAAGGAUCUAAAUCAAAAAGAUGGGAUUAAAUUCAUAACGGGUGAAAUGCAACUCUCACUCGGUGGUUUGGUAAUCUCCUCUUUGAGAAACCCUGUCACUCUGUAAUGAAAUCACUCCCUCUCGCUUCUGUCUCAUCUUCGUCACCAUAUGAGCAACUGUCCAGAACAUCUUUGCGUUUUGGUCAGUCGUUAAAAUGACCUAUUCCACUCCAUUUAUCAUCGCAUUUCUGUCUCUCAGUUUGUGGUUUUGCAUUGAAAUUUGCGCUGAUGAUACAAUUAGCAAUGUUAUGGGCCUGAAAGACUGCGGUGUGUGCGAAUUGUACAGGUGCCCUGAUAAUUCGUCUAGAUGUCUCCUAGGAUCCGUCCCGGAUCCUUGCGAAUGCUGUCCAGGUGGCAGAUGUGCUAGACUCGAGGGUGAAACUUGUUGGAAUGCCAGCAUCAGCAGUCUCUCUGUCACAAAACGGGAAAGAGGCCUCUGCGCUACGAAUUAUCUCUGCCAGUUGAGGAAUGAUCUACUCGAUGAGGGAUUGUGCCCUGAUAAUUCGUCUAGAUGUCUCCUAGGAUCCGUUCCGGAUCCUUGCGAAUGCUGUCCAGGUGGCAGAUGUGCUAGACUCGAGGGUGAAACUUGUUGGAAUGCCAGCAUCAGCAGUCUCUCUGUCACAAAACGGGAAAGAGGCCUCUGCGCUACGAAUUAUCUCUGCCAGUUGAGGAAUGAUCUACUCGAUGAGAUUCAUUUGAAGUAUGUAAUUUUAGAUGAAGAGCAUGGGGGCACUGUGCACACAACCGAUGGCCCCGAGAAUCUGAUGAAAACAUCCUGGAUGCAGGUUUCAUCGGUGAUGAGACAGCAUUCUGGAACGUACCAGUGCAUUGCUAACAACACACUAGGGCAUGCUAGUUCCGCUGCCUUCUUGUCUGUCAUGAUAUAAUUCAAAAUUCCGUUUCGAAUGGAAGCCUCUUCUCAUUCAUCUCCGGUAUAUCUCCAGACAUUUUAUCAUACAGUAUAAAUACCUACGAACUCUACACCUUCUAUGAACAAUUUCGGUGACUAUUAUGAAGUCGUAAUCAUGUGACCUCACGUAUGAAAAUAUUUGACCAAGAGAUUUGACGCAUUCGGUGGGAAAUUUCAGUGAAUUUUUAUAGGAUUUUAGUCCCCUUAACAGUACGAUUCUAACCUCGCUUCGCUCCGAUAUAUCGCAGUUUCCAGUCCUUACGAGAAUAAAAUAUUAUGUGCCUCACGGAAAUAAAAGUAUUUUUCACGCCUAGGACGGAAAAAGGGAAUCUGACGAAUGCGACUUUAUAGUCCGAGUUGGAGUCGAGGAUUAUAUUCGAGAUCAUAUCAGAAUCACUUUUCUCGCCGUGGCUAUGAUGCUAUUUUAUGUCAUUACCGGCCGUAAUGACAUAAAGUAUUUUUUGACUCAUGUGAUUAUAACUGUCGCUCGGAUUAUAAACUCACACUUCGUCAGAAAAUACUUUACUCCCUAGAGGGACAAUAUACUAUUGUGUCAGAUAUAUCGAAAAUGGAAUAUUCGAUGUAUCGAUUUGAGGUGAAAAUCGAUCACUCGUAAUUUCAUGUGGUCAUAUUUACUUGAGUUGUAGUGGGUAGUAAAAAAUUAUUGAAUAAAAUCCUGGAAUUUGGCAGUUGGCGAUUGUGUAGAUACUAUAGUUAUUCUUUAAUAAAAAAGAAUGAAUUCGUGGAAUCUAUAAUCUAAAAAUUUGAAUACUAAUUUUCUAUAGCUAAAUUAUUGACAUAUCCAUUAUUAAAUACUCCAUGUGUGGAGAUUCGCACAAAAAAUGAAAACGAUUCAAUAAUUAAAUAUUCUGCAGAUCGAUGAUUCGAAUAAUUAAUUUUCAAUAAUUUAAUUUAAAAAUGGACAUAUGUUGAUAAUUUGUGUAAGGAUUCUCUGCAUCUAGAGGCAGAUUUGAACUUGCGAUCUUUAGAUUACUAUUGAGCUGAUAAAUCGUUACAUCUAAAUUCAUAGAUUAUAGAUUCGCCACGAAUUAAUACUAUUUAA